AUGUUUCGUUUGGCAGUACCUACAUUGAGAAGUAGGGGCAUAGCUUCCACUUAUCCUAAUUUAUUUAUUCGUACUUUGUCUGGAACAUCGCAAACCACUCCAAUUAACAAACAAAUACCAGACUUAACUACGUUGAAAUUGGAUUCAAUCGGAUCUGAUAGUUUAUACGCAAUCUUCAAACUCCAUAAUAUCCCAUACUUGGUAACCAAAGGAGAUAAGAUAGUGUUACCAUUCAAAUUAAAGGAAGCUGAAGUGGGAGAUCUGUUGAUAUUGAAUGAUGUUGUUACAUUAGGGUCGCCAGAAUUCACAUAUAACGAUGACAGUGGAAUACCAAAGGAGUUAUUUGACUUGAAAGCAAACGUCGUUGAAAUCACAAGAGAGCCAUAUUAUGAAGUCUACAGAAAGAAACAAAGAUGCAGAAGAUUAAAGACAUUUCCUGUUCAAAAUUACCAAACCAUUUUGAUGAUUAACGAGUUGAAGUUGAAAUAA